UUUUGAAUCUCCAAUAGAAACCACUACAACUGCCAGCAACGGCAACGCAUACCUGCGUUUCUGCCAUUCCUUUAAACAGAAAACAAACAACUUAAAUAGAAUUAAAAAUACAUCAUCUUAAAAAUGUAUUCGGAGUCACGCUCAAAGGUUGUUGCUCAGGUUGACGAGGAAGAAAAGAUUUAUCAGUUCAUUUAUGGCAUGUACACCAGACGUGACAGGGAAGUGGAGGAAAGUUUAAACACUCAACCCCCACCCAGUAUCAGCUCUGAGGACUCCCCUGUGUAUGUGAAAAAUAUCGCGGAAAGGAGGUUUCAUCCAGUUGUUAGAAACACAAAGGGGCCAAGCAUGGAUGCAUUGGACGAUGACCAAGAAAUGCCAGUUGAGAUAGUUAAAUCAACAGAAGAAAAGCCCUGGAGGGAAUCUGGUGCUGACAUCUCGGAUUACUUUAACUAUGGAUUUGAUGAGGAAAGCUGGGAAACCUACUGUAAGAAACAGACAAACCUCUGUGCAGCUCAUGCGAAACUGACGGUCCAAAAGGGGCAAAGCAAACAUGAAGAAAAUGGGCUCUGUUGGGCUAUUGCUCCUUCCGACUGGCCAUCUAGGGAGUCAAGCCCUGGAGUGCGGCACAGAUCCGGCAGAAUGGGGCACCAGCGUUUGGGUGAUAAAGGAAACAACACACAGGUGAUUGCCGAGACAUCCUCUAUAGAACAUAGAAGUACUUCAUCCAGUGUGAGGUGUCUCAUGUAUGUCCCUUCACCGUCUUUCCUUUGCCAACGACGACACCGUCCUCAUUCCUCAGUUUCUACUUUAAACACUAAACAGGCUGAAGAAUCACCAAAACUAUCUUCAUCGGUCUCUCAGGUUGCAAGGACUGUGACCUCCAGUGCUGCAGUGACAUACACAGACAAAGGCAGAAGAUCUAGAGCGCAUGGUCAUAACCAAACUAGUAAAAGAGGCAGAGAAGGACAAGUGUGGAGCGGCUCUUCACGACGCAGAGGAGACAAGCAAACGAGUCACAGGGAGACUAGGAAGCCAGGGCACAGGCAUCGUUUUAAGGAGAGGAGGAGAGGAGACAGCAGGGGAAAGGAGGAAAGGCACCGAAAGACGAAGCGUAAGGGCCAAGGAUGGCAAUUACCACACAGCAGCCCUAGCAGGAGCGAGAUCAAAAGUAGGGGGGGUGAUGGUGAGGACAAGUCAGAACAGACGCGAUCGCGAAAUACCAAGAGACGCGGAAAAGGGCAAAGAGAGAGCAGAUAAUCUCCUCUGACAACGAGGAAAAUGGAACCUGACUGACUUCAGUCUCCUGAAGUCUAACGAGAACCGCCCUGGGGCAUCAGGACGGGGGUUUGAGUCUCUCUCUUUGAGUUUCCUCACACAACAAGAUGUUUUCAACAUAUUUAUUGAUCAUAUAACCAAAUGAACCAUCAGAUAUACUACACAAGCCAAAGUGUGACAGACAGAACCACAGCAGACGGGCCGCAGACCUUCUACCGAUGCACAGAAUCCAAGUCAGGUUCUUUUCUUAAACGUAAGAAAAUUAAUAAGGCCGCCACAAUGUUACCUAUUUAAAUAUUAUGAACACAUUAAUCUUUUUUUUUAACAUAGUUUUUUUUGCCAGUGGUUUGAUCAUAUUUCCUUAGUUUCUGAAACAAAAGAAACAAACCUCAACACAAACUACUACUUGGCAACGUGUCGUCAGGUCAACAGAUGUAAAUGACAACCACUGUCAGUACAAACAGAAUGGAGCCUAUAAUCAAAGGCCAUACCACAAACAAAAGAAAUGUAUUACAAGUGCUUGGAUCUGUACUUUUCUAGACACCCAACAUUUACAAUAAAGAAAUGUGAGUCCAACUUAA